AUUCGUGAUUGAAACGCAACAGUGUCGAGCUUUGAUUUUUAAAAUUUCUUCUCGUCGAUUUGAAGCACUUCAUUUGCAUAAAAAUAAUCGCUUGUAAUUACAGUUAAUUUUCUAGCAAAGUGAUUUCUAGGCGUUGCUGUAAUUUUUAAACUUCAGAAAAUUUCUCGCAUGCAAUUGAGCAAGCUGAACUGAACAGUUAAUUUUAUUCUUUGGCGCAAGAAACUAUUUAGAAAAUUUCGUAAAUUUAACGUUGAAGGAUGUAUAAGUGGCACGGACGAGUUGGUCUUGUUACGGGAGCGUCAUCGCCAGUUGGGAUGGCAAUUUGUAAGGAUUUGGUCGAACAUGGAAUGACAAUAUGUGCGCUUGCCAGAAGAAAAGGAGUCACAAAGUUGGAAGGAUUAAAAAGAAUAAUGUUCGGUGUUAAAGGAAAACUUCUCCCACUUGAAUGUGACAUUAAAGAUGAAUCACAAAUCCAAGCAGUCUUCAGAUGGAUUGGCGAGAAAUAUGACGGAAUUGAUUUGCUGAUUAACAAUGCCAAUGUCAUGACAAAGGGUUUGAUUCUUGAUGACAACAACACUGAUGAACUUCAACAUAUUAUGGAAACAAAUAUUUUGGGUCUUUGCAUAAUAACACGAGAAGCGGUGAAGUUGAUGAAGCAGCGAUCGGUUGAGAGGAAAGACGUCGGUCACAUAGUCAACAUCAACUCGAUUUUUGGUCAUAAAGUUACAGCAACCGUACCAGGAACAAAACCAAUGAACGGAAUGUAUCCAGCUUCAAAAUAUGCAGCAACAGCAAUCACUGAAUGUGUACGUCAAGAACUUUUAUUCCUUAACGAAACUGUUAAAAUUACGGCAAUUUGUCCCGGUCUCGUCGAAUCUGAUAUCGUUCAAAGUAAUGCAAAUGAUGAAAUUGUUUCAAUUAUGCCAGCACUUGCACCAAAGGACGUUGCUGCGGCGAUUAUUUAUGCGAUCUCUGUUAAGGAAAAUGUUCAAAUUCAUGAAAUUGUCAUAAAACCAGUUGGAGAAUUCUUGUGAAUCUUAAACAUCAUCAACUAAUAAAAGUUUUAUUUAUCUUUUGCACUUUCAACCACUUGUAGUUUGUUAACACAAACAUUUAAUGUAUUAAAUCUUUAUAGAAUAAAUAAAUAAAUCAUAAAUGAUUAAUGUGACAACAAAA